UCUCUCGCUCGCCGCUACGAACGGGGUCUCCAAACCCCCAAUCCGCUCUCGCUCGCCGCUACUAACGGGGUCUCGGUUGAUUUCCCUUCCUUUAGCUAUUCAAUGUUUCAGUUCGCUAAGUUUGAAAAGUCCAAAGAGCGCAGACUAGCCACGGAGCUUGGAUACGGUUUCCCAUUGAAGAUUCAGCUUCCACAGAGCUUAGAUACGGUUUCCGAAGAUUCAUAUUUUUGGGGGCAGAAACCAUUUGGGAACAGUUUGGAUUUCCAAACAUAGAACCCAAGCCUAUAGCACUCUUAAACUGAAGGAUAGAGAGGCCUUGCUUACACUUGAAACAUUGAAAAAAUCUCAACAGCCAUAGCAACCCAGCAACAAAGCAGCAGCGGCGGCUGCGGUCAUGGUGAAAGCGUAUCUAAGGCACGAGCCGGCGGCUGCCUUCGGCGUAAUCGUAUCCGUUGAAUCGAACAUCACAUACGACAACUCAGGCAAGCACCUACUCGCGCCAGCACUCGAGAAGCUCGGCGUUUGGCAUGUGCGCCAAGGUGUCUGUACUAAAACCUUAUCUCCUUCUCCUUCCUCUCGCGGCCCUUCUCUCGCCGUCACCUAUGUCGCAUCUUCAUCUUCGUCUCUGGUAGCAAGUGGUUAUGCCGAUGGUAGUAUAAGGAUUUGGGAUUGUGAUAAAGGAAGUUGUGAGACUACAUUGAAUGGACAUAAAGGGGCUGUGACUGCUUUAAGGUACAAUAAGGUUGGAUCUCUGCUUGCUUCUGGAAGUAAAGACAAUGAUGUUAUAUUGUGGGAUGUGGUUGGCGAGACUGGUCUUUUUCGCCUUCGUGGACAUCGUGAUCAGAUCACAGACCUUGUUUUCCUUGAUUCUGGUAAAAAACUUGUUAGCUCUUCCAAGGAUAAGUUUUUGAGAGUGUGGGAUCUUGAAACUCAGCAUUGUAUGCAAAUAGUUAGUGGCCAUCAUAGUGAAAUUUGGUCUAUUGAUGUUGACCCGGAUGAAAGAUACUUGGUCACUGGUUCAGCAGAUCUUGAACUUAGAUUUUACAAUGUAAAGCAUGACUUCAUGAAUGGAGAGUCUAUGGUGAAUGUAAGCGGGGCUGAAAUUGGGAAUGAUGGAGAGUUGUCUACUCAAAAUAAGUGGGAAGUUCUAAAACCCUUUGGUGAAAUGCAGCGACAAAGUAAGGAUAGGGUUGCAACAAUGAGAUUUAAUAAAUCAGGAAAUUUGCUUGCUUGUCAGGUAGCAGGAAAAACGGUUGAAGUAUUCCGUGUACUGGAUGAAGCUGAAUCCAAGCGCAAAGCAAAACGUAGACUUAAUAGAAAGAAAGAGAAGAAAUCUGCAAAAGAGGCAGUUGACGCAACUGAAAAUGUGGAAGCAAAUCUUAGUACUGAAGAAGCUGGGAGUAUCUCAGUUAUUACAGUUCCUGAUGUUUUUAAGCUCCUUCAAACUGUCCGAGCCAGUAAAAAGAUCUCUUCCAUUUCUUUCUGUCCGAUCACUCCAAAGAACUCGCUAGCUAGUUUAGCAUUAUCAUUGAAUAAUAACUCAUUGGAGUUUUAUUCAAUUGAAAGUGGUGCAAGUACAAAAACACUUGCAAUUGAGCUUCAAGGACACCGUUCUGAUGUCAGAAGUGUCACACUUAGUUCAGACAAUAGUCUUUUAUUGUCAACCAGUCACAAUGCUGUUAAGAUUUGGAAUCCAAGUACUGGUUCUUGCCUUAGAACAAUUGAUUCUGGUUAUGGACUGUGUGGUCUGAUUGUACCUCAUAAUAAGUAUGCAAUGGUUGGAACUAAAGAUGGGAAAAUUGAAAUUAUUGAUGUUGGUAGUGGUACUCGCAGUGAGAUCGUUGAAGCUCAUGGUGGCUCAGUAAGGUCAAUUGCUACUAUUCCAAAUGAAAAUGGUUUUGUUACAGGCAGUGCAGAUCAUGACGUGAAGUUCUGGGAAUACCAAAUCAAGCAAAAACCUGGUCAAGAUUCUAAAUGCCUCACUGUAUCAAAUGUAAGGACUAUGAAAAUGAAUGAUGAUGUUCUAGUGGUUGCUGUUAGCCCAGAUGCUAAAUAUGUUGCUGUUGCAUUGUUGGAUUGCACUGUGAAGGUUCUUUUUAUGGACUCACUCAAAUUUUUCCUUUCCUUGUAUGGCCACAAACUUCCUGUCCUAUGUAUGGAUAUUUCAUCAGAUGGUGAAUUGAUUGUGACUGGAUCCGCAGACAAAAACUUGAGGAUUUGGGGUUUGGAUUUUGGUGACUGCCAUAAAUCCAUCUUUGCUCAUUCUGACAGUGUUAUGGCAGUGCAAUUUGUUCGCAAUACUCAUUACAUGUUUAGUGCUGGGAAAGAUCGCCUUGUAAGGUACUGGGAUGCUGACAAGUUUGAGUUGCUUUUAACUCUUGAGGGACACCAUGCAGAUGUUUGGUGCCUUGCAAUCAGCAACCGUGGUGACUUUGUUGUUACAGGAUCUCAUGACCGGUCCAUUCGCCGUUGGGAUCGUACGGAGGAGCCGUUUUUUAUUGAGGAAGAAAAAGAGAAAAGAUUAGAGGAGCUGUUUGAGGCUGACAUUGACAAUGCAUUUGAAGACAGACAUGUACCUAAGGAAGAGCUCCCGGAGGAGGGAGCUGUUGCAUUAGCGGGGAAGAAAACUCAGGAAACCCUGACAGCCACUGAUUCAAUUAUUGAUGCGCUAGAUGUGGCAGAAAUGGAGUUGAAGCGUUUAGCUGAACACAAGGAGGAGAAAACCAGAGGAAAAGUUGCUGAAUUCCAACCAAAUAUGAUUAUGCUUGGGCUGUCCCCAUCAGAUUAUGUCCUCCGGGCUCUCUCAAAUAUUAGCAUCAACGAUCUGGAGCAGACUUUACUGGCAUUACCAUUCUCAGAUGCUCUCAAGCUGUUCUCUUAUAUGAAGGACUGGACUACAAAUCCUGACAAGGUUGAGCUGGUUUGCAGGAUUGUUACAGUGUUGUUGCAAACCCAUCAUAGUCAGUUGAUCAGUACCCCAUCUGCCAGACCAGUCUUGACCGUUCUCAAGGAGAUUCUUUAUGCAAGAGUCAAGGAAUGCAAAGAUACUAUUGGCUUCAAUCUUGCAGCAAUGGAUCAUCUAAAGCAAUUGAUGGCUUCAAGAUCUGAUGCUCUGUUCCGAGAUGCAAAGUCGAAGUUGUCAGAGAUUCGAUCACAGCAGUCAAAACGUCUAGAAGCAAGAACAGAGACCAAAACAGAAAAACCAAAAAAGAAGAAACAAAAGAAAUCGACUGAUAUGCAUGUUUGGUCUUGAUUUCCAAAAAGGGCAAUCUUCCAUUUUGUAUUUUUGUAAGGUUUAUUAUAAGUUUUGAU